CCUUUGUCCGGCUUGUGCAGGUGCAGUGCUUGUUGACCGGUUUCCCGGCGCUGGCCGCAAUUUUUAGUUUUUUUUGCGGUUAUGCAUUUGGGUAAAAGUAUAUGUCUGUGCGGGGUCGCUAUAAUAGCUUAAGGUAACACGAAACCACAUAUGGCAAACGCUUUUUUAAAAAAAUGCGCUACAUGCUUGAGUCCAGGUUUGGUGGUGGCCAGAAGGCAGGCCCGCCGUUGACUGACCACCCGGCAACGGGGUACCCGAUGAUACCCCCCAAAGCCCAGGCCAGCUUCCGUAGUGUGGCCAGGCGUCCCAAGGUGGGCAACCUGACCGUGAGCUGCCCCAUGUUGGUGUCGGCUAUGGGGCCGGGUGAGGGCUUCGUGGCGCUGCCCCUGACCCGCCUGGCCGCGGAGGUUCAAUGCCAGAUCAGUGUGGCCUUCGUCAAGACCACUCUUGACGCGUACCUGCCGCAGACCUGGCGAGCAGGUUCCCUGCAGCUCUACGUGCCCAAGACCACCUCCACGGUGGUUUCGGAGGUGGUGGUGGAGAACCUGAACAGAGACAAGAUUUUCGUCACGGCAAUCGUACCCGCGGAUGAUGUGCAGAAGGGAGGUUACAAGCCAAGCACGGUGUACGGUCCCAGCGGUCAGCCCCAGAACUCCGAAACCGCCAACGACCCGGAGCUGUUCUGUCUGCCCCUGGGCCCCCCGGGCGCCUGCCAGCCCGCCGACAGGCUCCGGGUCACCAUCACCACCUUCGAGCCGCUGACGUUCGAGGAGGGGCAUUACGUGAUGCGGCUGCCCACGGAAAUACCCUACAGCAUGAUACCCGAGGGGUACAGCCACACACAACUGCUGGACGUUAUCGUUACCAUUAACACAGGGAAUCCCACGACCGUCAAGUACGGCGUACGAUCUGGCCACCGUGCCGUACCUGGCGUGCAAUCCCCGGGAACGGUCACUCUGUCUCUGGACAAGAGCCCCGAUAUGCCCAACACCGAUGUGGAUGUACGGUACCUGGUGUGGGGCUCGGAUAUGUUCCUGGCGCUCAACGUCACCCCGCCCCGCGCCCCCGGCCCCGCCGACCCUGAUCCCCGGGGGGCCUUCGUGCUGACGUUGGCACCCCCGGCUCCGGAACACACCACCCCCUUCCCCCGCUCGAUCAUCUUCAUACUGGACAGAUCGGGGAGCAUGAUGGGGGAGCCUUUGUCGUACGCAAAGUGGGUGCGGGAGGGGUCCGCUCUGUCGUACGGUUUACGGUUGUUGACCCCCCUGGACCAAUUCACGGUGGUUGCAUUCGACCACGAGCAGUUGUGGUUUACCCCGGGCGGCCAGCUGCUGCCGGGCACAGCGCAAAACGUGGCAGCGUGUGAGUCCUGGAUCCACAGCUCCAUUUCCGCCCGCGGCCUGACGGACAUCCGGGGCCCCCUGCAGACCGCCAUGGGGGUGCUCACGGCGGCGGCUGGGGCGGCAGCGGGGGGGCAGUACCCGCAGCAGCAGCAGGGGGGGGAACAGCACCAGCAGGGGGCGGCGGCGGUGGGGACCCCUCGCCCGCUGCCCUUCAUAUUCCUGGUCACUGAUGGCUGCGUGACGGACGAGAAGGACAUUUGCCGCUACGUGGAGCAGCACCUGGCGACGUACGGCAGGGGCUCGUUCGAUGUGGCGUUUCGACCACAUGCCAUUCAGGCCCAGAUGCAGAACAUGCUGACCGCCGCCCAGCGCCCCGUGCUGUCCGACCUGACCCUCACCCUCCCUGGCGUGGAGCAGUGCGAGCUGUACCCCUUCCCACUGCCCGACCUGUUCUGCGGCAUGCCGCUGCUGGUGGCGGGCAAGUUCCGGGGGGCCUGGCCGCCAUUGCGACCCCUUGAUCAGGGGCAGCAGGAUCAGGGGCAGGGAGGAGGGGUGUGUGUGAAUGGGAUGCUGCCCAACGGAACAGCCUGGAGCUCGAACCCGGUGUACCCCGGCAAGGAGAGCGAUCUGCCCCUGGACAAGAUCUUCAUCAAGAACCGCCUGGAUCUGCUGACCGCUCAGGCCUGGUUGGAGGGCAACCCCCCACAGCUGGUCAACAACAUUGUGGACUUGUCCAUCGCCACGGGUGUCCCCUGCGCUCACACCCGUACGGUCACCUUUGAAACCACCCGCAAGGACUUCGCGGCCCUGCAGCACGCGGCCAACACGGGGGGUCGCAGGAAGAUCAAUUACGCCAAAUACGCCAUUGGGGGGGCGGCUGGGCUGGUGGUGCUGGCGGGACUGGGGGUGGGGGCGGCGUUCGCAUUCGGAGAUGUGGGGGCCACUGCGGCGAAUGCGGGAGCCUAUGACCCGGCCCCGGUAUCGUCCAUACUGCUACUGCGUCUUUGA